AUGGAUGCAGAUCCAAAUUCUUAUAAUGGGCUAAACUGUGCCAAUAAACAAAUGCUCGAUGUAGCUUCAGGAGGGUCAUUAUGUGGUAAACAACGAAGUGCCACUUAUAGUUUGAUUGAGGAAAUGACAAGCAAUGGUUAUCAGUGGAGUUCUAAGAGGAACAAAUCGGUGAAGGUAGCCGGGAUCUAUCAAGUGGAUGCCAUCACUACACUGGCAGCACAGGUUGAGGUGAUCACAAAGAGGUUAGAUACUAUACCAUCUAUCUCUCAGGCUUCUAGACCUUCUUGUGAAAGUUGGGGGUCCCAAGGUGAUCCUUGUGGUUCUUAUUCUUUUGAUGUGGGUGCAGGGCAAACUGAACAAGUAGAUUUCGUUGGGCAGAACAAAAGAUAUCAGAGCAACCCAUACAGACGGGGGCAAGGGGCACAACAACAGCCUAGGCCCCCACAACAAAAUGCGCAACCAUCUCCUCCAUCGGGGCCUUCUAAUGAACUUACAAUUUUAUUGACUCGGUACAUCAAGGACAAUGAGGUUCAUCUUCAAGGGCAUGAGGAAAAGAUGAAGAACACAAAUGCCACCGUGAGAAACCUAGAACACCACAUGGCGCAAAUAUCAAAAUUGAUUGAGGAAAGGCUCCCGGGUUUUCUUCCUAGCAACACAAAAGUCAAUCCUCAGGAAUCUCUUAAGUCUGUGACUUUGAGAAGUGGCAAGCAGCUUCAAGGCCCUAUUGAGAAAGAACCGGAGCUUGAGAUUGUUGAGCCUCAAUUGAGAGUAAGUCAGACAGUUGAUUGUGAUCUUAAAACUCCAGUUAAUGGCGAGGAGAAAGAGGAGGAGUGGGGUAAAGGGAAAACCGACCUACCAGAGUACCAACCCGAGCUUCCCAAUCCUGUGAAAUUAAAGAAUGAUCAACAAGAGGAACAAUACAAAAUGUUUUUGGAUGUGUUCAAGACUCUACACAUAAAUGUGACAUUUGUUUAA